AUGGCAUCAGUUGGUAAGAUGGGCUUGCAAAAGUAUUUACUACAAUUGCAGCAACACCCUUUGAGAACCAAGGUGAUAACAGCGGGAAUUUUGUCGGCGAUUAGUGAUAUAGUCGCGCAGAAGCUUUCGGGCCUUCCGAGGCUCCAGCUCAAACGCCUUCUUCUGAAAGUGAUUUUUGGGGCCGCAUAUCUAGGUCCAUUCGGGCAUUUUUUUCACAUUGCGCUCGAUAAAAUAUUCAGAGGAAGGAAGGAUAAAAAGACUGUAGCAAAGAAGGUGGUGCUCGAGCAACUUACAUCUUCACCUUGGAACAACUUGCUUUUCAUGCUAUAUUAUGGGUUUGUUAUCGAAGCUACUAAGCUAGUUAGACAGUUUUCUGAUCUGAUUCUGAUGAAAUUUUAUCUUCACCUACAUUCUAUUACAUGCACAGGCAGACCUUGGAUCCAUGUAAAGUCUAAAAUUAAGAAAGAAUAUCCAACUGUCCAGUAUACGGCAUGGACUUUUUGGCCUGUGGUUGGAUGGGUGAAUCAUCAAUAUGUGCCGCUACAGUUCCGAGUUAUUGUCCAAAGUGUCGUUGCCUGUUUU